AUGAAUCAUAUUACAUUCCCACGCCGUCUCAUUUUCUCACGGCAAGUGCUGUUUACGGCUUGCAUGUGUAUGCUGUUUUGGGCGACAUUCGCGGCAGCACAGGACCCCCCUGAAGACGAAAAUGAUAUUGACGACACUCGCGACACUCUGCAGGAAGUUGAGCAACCGUUCAUUUCAGCCUCCAUUGCGUUCGUGGCUGCAUGCGGAUCUAUUUUCGUCGUGGCAGUCGUUCUUGGUCUGAUACUCAAAUUCACGAAUCCCCCUCGGCUUGAGGCCUUCCAUCCUUCUCAUGGCGCCCUUCUUGGGCAACGUGCAAGGAGGCAUGGCCAGCAAGUGCGAUCAUCACAGGCAGAUAUGUCCAAGUCUACGGUAAAUUUGCUGCACCAGAUGCCGCCUGCCGCCGUCUCUUCUCAGAACCUGAGCGCGAGCGAUCCUUUCGAGGGGGGCGAGCCUGUGAACCAGGUAGCGACUACGUCGCGAUAUAUGCAGCCUGGAGUGCCUCAGGCAGGCGCAACGAUGGACCUUCAACCAGCUGCGGUAAGCGAUUCAACUGGGCAAUCUCGGAGGAAACAUAGGCCGCGCGCCCUACCACAGCCUCCUAUUACGACGACGCAUCCUGGCAACAGCUUUCAAGCAGGAGGCGCUUAUUAUCAAAACGCCUAUGCAGGCUCUUCGAAUGUGGGCAUGGGCUACACCACGGACUAUGAUUUACCGUAUGGCUACGGCAAGCAUUGGGACACCCAGGCUGGCUACUCAAACGCCCUGCCCUAUACUACUCAUUAUCAAUCGAGUGGUCCACCGAAUGAAGUGUCUCCAUUCGAUGCAUAUACGGUUUCGCCUGCUGUAACGCAGCCAUUUGGAUCAUCAUAUCGUACUCCCAAUGGGUAUGCACCGCUUCCAGAUGUUUCGAAUAACUAUGCUUCGAUGCCCGAGUAUUAUUACAAUGCUGGAAUCGCACCCAAUUCAACUUCUCUCAGGCACAAGAAUAGUGGGGCUAGCGUGCAUCGUGUUGACAGUGUCAGCGCGGGUGACCACCGUCGCCACAGCCAACGCGGUAAGAAUGGUACAAAGUCCCGCGCGAGCUCUCAUGCUGCGCCGUCAAAGCGGUAUAGCAAUACCGCCUACCAACCUCCCUCGACUGCUGCACAAUACGCAUCAAAUUACCAGACCUCGUAUCCUUACACGGACGGGUCGUACGCAGAUGGCUAUGCCUCGCAUGCAAUGCCGGCCUAUGAUUACGGCGAUAACGCCACCUAUCACCAGAACUACGCAUCAUAUCCGCUGCGUGAAGAAUACAAAUACUCUACCCCUUACACUGCAUGGGACUCGUACAAAUCCCCGUAUUAA